GCCGCCCCCGUCUCCCGCCCGCGCUUCCCCGGCGGCGGCGGCGCUGAGGUGGCGCCGCGCCCCGGCGAGGUGAGCAAGGCGCCUCAGCCGGUGCUGCCCCAUCCCCCGCCGGUCCGGGCGGAAGGGAUCGGCCGCCCCGCCGCGGCCCCCGCGGACGCGCAGCACGUCUCAAGAUGGCAGAAUUAUUUAUGGAAUGUGAAGAAGAGGAGCUGGAACCAUGGCAAAAGAGCGUGAGAGAAGUGGAAGAGGAUGAUGAGGAUGAUGAYGAUGAGCCAAUCUUCGUUGGGGAGAUCUCCAGCUCAAAGCCAGCUACUACAUAUAUAUUGAACAGAGUCAACCUCAGCUCACCACGAAGGGGGAUACAGAAUGGUGCACCCAGUAGAGGUCCAGUCACUACAUUCAAGUCUGAGAGUCAGCAUUACGUAACGCCUGCCUCCAGCCCCGGUGUCAUGCCUGUUCCAUCGAUCUUUCAGACUGUACCCAGACCUGCGAGUGGCUCAGUGGCAGUUGAGCCAUUGUCUGCAGCAGUGAGUGUUUCAGGAACUUCACAAACACUGCAGAGACCAGUUGGUGGAUGUUUGUCAACACAGCAGGUUGGGUCAGGUUCUGGAAUAASUCAGCCAGUCUGCAGACCUGUAACCAUUCCAGUGACAACACAGCCAGCAGCAAGAAAUAUCACAGUUCCUAUAGUGGCUCAACCUGUAUCCAGGCCAGAGACUCCUGCAACAGCACAGCCUGUAACACUCAAUCAGGAUUAUAUUAUGGAUUCUCCACCAGAUGCACCAGAUAAUACAUCUGGUAUACUGUUUGGUGUGAGACAGAACUUGGGAGUUCCACAGUACCAGACUGGGCCGGCAGUGAAUGUAACAGGAACAAAUGCUGCAUCCAGCACCAUUAAAAAUGGAGGACCUUUUCCACGAGCUUGUCCAAAGUGUAAUAUACAUUUCAAUCUUAUGGAUCCUCUAAAAAAUCAUAUGAAGUAUUGUUGUCCAGAUAUGGUAAAUAACUUUUUCCCAGGAAUGAUCAAAACAGAGUGUUUAAGCACGACMAGUAAGACCAUUGAAUCUGAGAAAGGAAAACUGAUUAUGUUAGUUAACGACUUUUAUUACGGGAAGGAUGAAGGUGAUGUCCAGCAGGUACAACAGGAGCAGAAGACUCACACGACAUUUAAAUGCAUCAGUUGUCUCAAAGUUCUUAAAAAUAACAUAAGGUUUAUGAACCACAUGAAACAUCACUUGGAGCUUGAGAAGCAAAGCAAUGAAAGUUGGGAAAGCCACACCACCUGCCAGCACUGUUACCGCCAGUUCCCCACCCCGUUCCAGCUGCAGUGCCACAUUGAGAGCACGCACACGCUUUACGAGUCGUCCACGAUUUGUAAAAUCUGUGAAUUAUCAUUUGACACAGAGCAAGUUCUUUUGCAACAUAUGAAGGACAAUCAUAAGCCAGGUGAAAUGCCAUAUGUUUGCCAGGUGUGCAACUACAGAUCCUCAGCUUUUUCAGAUGUAGAAACACAUUUUAGAACAGUUCAUGAAAACACAAAACAUUUACUAUGCCCAUUUUGCCUCAAAGUAAUUAAAAUUGGAGCACCAUAUAUGCAUCAUUACAUGAGGCAUCAGAAAAAGGGAAUAUACCGUUGCACUAAAUGCAGACUGCAAUUUUUAACAUGCAAAGAAAAAAUGGAUCACAAGACUCARCAUCACCGAACAUUUAGGAAACCCAAGCAGUUAGAAGGCUUGCCUCCUGGAACAAAGGUGACUAUUCGAGCAUCUUUGAGUUCUCAUCAGUCAGGAUCAUCAGCUACAUCUUCUGUUAGUACAAGCAGUUCCACAUUUCAGUUAUCUCCUAAAGCUAAAAAUACAACCACUAAAAAUCAUAACAAAUCUAAUUCAAAUAAGUCAAGAGGAAAAUCAAARCAAUCUACAGCAAAAAAACAAAAURUGUGGACCAACAGCAGAAAAAAAAAAGAACCUACAAAUCUAGCAUUUCAUAAUCUAAGGCAUCGUGGUGGAACUCACAAAUGCAUUGAGUGUUUCUCGGAAAUAAAAGAUUUUGCGAGUCAUUUUCCAGCUUAUGUCCACUGUAGUCUAUGCAGAUACAACACCAGCUGUAGCAAAGCCUAUGUGAAUCACAUGAUGAGUUUUCACAGUGCUCGUCCAAGUAAAAGGUUUUGGAUCUUUAAGAAGCAUUCACAAGGCCUACGAGGUGUGACUGUCGUGUGUCUUAACUGUGAUUUCCUGGCUGAUGUUUCUAGUUUGGAUAGCAUGGCCACACAUCUGAGUGAGAACAACACUCAUACGUGUCAAGUUAUUGUAGAGAAAGUUUCUGCAGAUACCCCUACUGCUGCACAAGUGUCUCACAAACCAGAGCAUGACUCUUCAGAUAAAACACAAGAAUGCAGURGAAAUCAAACUAAACAAGUUGCAUCUGUUGAAAAAAGUGAAGAAGGUUCAUCACUGUCAAAUACAGAAAAUGUUCCUGCUUUGGAACUCCCUGGCAAGAGCUCAAAGAAUUCUUUGCAUGAGAAAAGAGCAUGCUGUGAUUCAGCUAAUAACAAACAGUUAGUAGAUGAGAAACAAAAAUGUAUUCAUGAUGAAAGUGAGCUGACAAUGUGCCAAAGUUCAGAUGGCAUUGUCUUGACUGAGCAGACUAAAGUGUGUCCUUUGGAUGAAGCUAUGCUUUCAGCAAUGAACGUGAGGGACUUAAAGCUGACUUUGGGGGAAGAUGUCAGUUUUGAGCAGUUCUUGAGAAAGAGGGAUGAACCCGAAUCCGUUAGUUCAGACAUAAGUGAACAAGGCAGUAUUCAUUUGGAGCCUUUAACUCCAUCAGAAGUACUGGAGCAUGAAGCUACUGAAAUUCUCCAAAAAGGUAAUGUCACACCUUCAUCCAAGAAAGCAGGACAGCGCACUGAGCACACAGAUGAGACUUCUGGAGAGAGCAAUCCUAGCAGAAUGGAAACAACUGUAAACAAGACAGAUGAAAAUGAAACAAGCUGAAAUUAUGUUAAUUUUAUUGUUUGUUAUGAACUGUGGUAAGAACACCAUGGACCAUUCCUGAUGACUGUGCUCAUGGAUGCUAAAUAUUAAAAAUUUUGAAAGGGAGGUGAAGAGGAAGAGACACCAAAGGGAAGUUUGCAUAUGGAGAUAGCAUGUAUGUGUAUGUAUGACUGAAUUCAUUAAGCUUAAAAAAGGUAACAUGUUCAAAUGUAUCUUCCUGUCUCUUGGAUGUGAUAUAUUAUUAGAUUGAUACUUGAAAAGAGGUAUAAAUUCUAAUUUUUUUAUGGUUAACUGGCCCAGGAUAAGGUGAUUUGUUUGCCCAGAAAGUAUUUUUCUAAAUUCUUGAAUAUCAUUAGUGUGAAUAUUCAUAGUGUGAAUAUCAUUGAACUGGGGAUUGAGUAGGAAUUCACUUUUGAUGCUGAUAYGGAGCACACUUGUAAUGAAGGUUACUGAUUGACUGAUAGAUUAGGUAAAUAUAAACCUUUGGACUUGGUGUCACAUUCCUGUCUGUAAAAGCAUGUAAACCGAAGUAUAUGAAUCUGUGCACCUCUGUACAGGUGUAAUCCUGCCAGGCUGUAAACUUACCUUAAUAAACUUUCAGUGAAAGUGGAAUUAUUACAAUAAAAAUAUAUAUUUGUGGGGUUUUCACUGUGCAGGCUGUGCAGAAAUACCGAACAUAACUGUAUGAAGUAGGACAUAAUGCUGAAAGUACUGUAGCUAUUAGACUUUUACCAUUGGUUUAAUUAUCCUUAGAUUUAGACCCAUAGGAAUGGUCUGUAAGUCACACCAAAGUAUGUUUUAAUGUAAAAAUGGUUUCAAACAAAAAUAAGGAAAACUCCAAACUGGAGACACCACCUGGCAUGCRUUCUGCCAUGUUGCAGCUGCUAUUGGCUAACUUAAAACACAAGGGCAUAUAAAGUAGAAUUGUACAGUUCAGUUUCAGGACGUUUUGUAGUCUAAGUUAUGUGCAGAAAGAUGGCUGCUGUUUUGGUUUGGUUUUUUUGGUUUUGGGGUUUUUUUUUUUUUUUGUCUUCUAGUUAGGUAGAUUUAGGAAUGCAUAUUAUUAAGAGUAGCUUGCUCUUUUGAUUUUAUUGCUCCAUUUGAAACAUUCAGAAUGUGCUUUUGACUUACAGUUUUGUUUUUAAUUAAUGUGAAAUGUUUUGAACAGCUGUUAAAGCACUGCUGUAAAUUAUUACUUUUUGAGUAAAUAUUUGCAACAAAAAYUUGUCUUUGUGUAUAAUUUUAUGCUCAGCUUGAAACUUAGGGCAUAACCUUCUCCCGUUUUUAGAAAAGAUUUAGCAAUUGUUCCCAAAAAAUAUGUAACUUCAAUAUUGUGAAUUUGAGACAUAUGUUUGAUUUGGUGAUUUUGUUAGUUUUGGUUGAUGUGUUUGUUUGUUUUGUGUUAAAUUUAAUGCGCAAGUGCCUAUGCAUAACCUYCUUUUUGCACCUGUGUAUUGUGGUAUGAUGUGCUAACCCUUCCAGACUAUACAGGUAUUUUUUUGGCCCAUCAGCCUGCAACUGACGUCUCCUCAGUCCUGAUAAGUUCGCUGAGUUCAGCUGCUGAAUGAGUCUAACAGUAUUAAAAUGCAGAGACCAUCCAGCUUACUAUUGGAGCCUCUAAAUAAACGAGAUCUCAACAGUCUCAAAAGACUUUUCAGGCUCUGAAGAGAUGURUGAUGUAAAUUUUGGGCUGCAUCUUCAUUAUCAUCCAUGCUGGUGUAGAUGACGUUUAAAAAASAAAAGUGGAACAGUUUACGUACUCAAUCUCUUUGAGAUCUGCCACUUGAAGAACUUCAAAUAUCAAGACACAUGAAAAAGCUGAGAAGCAUAAGUCRCAUCAUUCUUUUGGUCUUUCAAGAUUUUAGUGAAAUCAUGAGAUAGUGAUUUGGUUAACCAAAGUCUGAUGUUUUCAUGUUAAUAUAUGGCUUAUUUUUAAGGAAGUCAUGUGCCAUGUGUAUGCUGUCUAUAUUUUUGACAUUUAAUAGAAAAUUGCAGUCAUUAUUAGGUUAUGAUCAGUGAACGUUCAGUCACCUGGAUCUUCCUCAAGUCCAAUCAGUGUCUGUUUGCCUUGUGCAGCUUGGGAGGCUUUGGUUGACUUGUGGUUCAGAUUUUCUUGAAACGGAAUGGCAGAGUAAACAGAGGAAAAAAAAAACAAUAGUAACACAUAGUGAAUUUUAAGUAUUGGGUGAUGUAUUUUAAACAAGAAAGUUUUUAUAACAAAAUGAUAUCUGCUUUUCUCCUCCUGUGGCAGAGAGAGAGAAGAAUCCUGGGCAAUACAUGUUAAAUCUCAUUUYUGUGGUGCUUUACUUCUAGAAGGAAUCACAAACUGAAGGUCAGGGUAAAGAAUCUAGAGUUACGCCUUUAUCCUACAAAAUGUUAAAUAAAAGAUCUUAAAGCUUUUCUACAGGCAUACUGUUAUUUAUAUGCUGGUAUGCAGAAAAGAGUUAUUUUUUUAUUGUUGGAUAUAUUGGUAUUCCACUAAAGACUGUGACCAUAGGCUGUCACAGCAGAAUUUUGUUAUAGACCACUUAAAAAUUUUGUGUAGGGCAAAUUUAUACCUCAUUGGUCUGUUUGUGUUGAUUACUGUUGAUUUUUGCAGCUUGUGAACUUACUUUGUCUAGUUGAAUCCUAUAAAUUUUCAUGUAUGCUUUAUAUGCCCUUAAUAAAAAAAAAAGGUAAGUGUGUUUUAUGAUUACCUUGAGUUUUUGCUUUUAAAAAUGUUCAUUCCAGUUUUAGUGUAGUUCAAAGAGCAGUUCUCAGUCUAUCAAUGAGGGUACAUGAACAGAGUAAUAAAAUACAAAGGGGAUCUUGCUUUUUAUCAUGUUAAAAAUGGAGAGAGUCCAGAGCAAUCCAUAGGCUGUUUUGAGAGAAAGUUGUCCAAGCAGUUUGUUGUACAAUAAAAAAUUGUACUUGAAUUAGAGCAUCUUGCUAAUCCAAGCACCCUUCUGACAAGGUGAGCUAUUCAGUGCAGGGAAAUGGGAUUUCAUCUCCACUCUCCACAAAAGCAGGUGAGAUAUKCAGUAAGGAAGUAGGGCUGCCUGAGGGCUCUGGGAAGCACUGAUCCUGUCCAGGAUAGCUGUGCCUSUCAAACUGUUGCUAGGCUUGUGCACUUCCACCAGGAUAAAGCUGGCCCUUCCUAGUGCACUUGAUUCAUGGAUACUGGUGUAUAUGUGAAGGGUUAUUCAUUAUUGAAAUAAAAAUUAAAAUAAUUUUGUGUAGAAGUGGACCUCUUUUCCUGACUCCAAGCUAUUACUGAGUGAUUUAAGUGCGGUAGGGAAGUGCUGUUCAGCAGUGGGAUCUUGGAAGCUUUUGACAUAUUAAUACCAUUUGUAUUUUGGUAGUAAMAAAAAUAUAACUGUUGUCCUCUCGACUAAUUUGUGGUUUGUGUUAAUGUAUUCUUUCUUCCAUGUGUUUACACAGUCCUUACAAAGGUGGUGUUUCUUUCCAUCAAAAUAAAGCCGAUUGUCUGAGAGAGCUUACAAUCUACUUGCAUUGUUAUGAGAAUUUCUUGGUCACAUCUUUUUUAUAUGUAUGCUGCCCCUGCAAAAUAGAGAACAAGCAGAGGAGACUAUGAAAAAAUCUUUUAAAGGUGAUGCUAAAGCUGAUAAAAAUUCUGAACAGGACCUCCAGAGAAAAUACAAAGCAGCAAACAGAGUAUCAUUGGAUUAMCAAGAUACCUCAUUGCAAUAAAGGAUCAAUAAGAACUAGCAGCAAAUGAUAACUUUACUGUGAGCAGAAUACAUGUACAAGCAAACAUGUACAAGCAAAAUGCUUCUACUUUUAGUCUUUUAUUUAAUGAGAGUUUGGUUAAUGAAAGUAGACAUCUUUAUCUAGAAACAUGAGAUUCUGUGCAGCAUCUGACAGAACUGUUACCRGUUACUUCACAGCACAAAGAUUUGAUC